AAAAGAAAACGGAGUUGGAUCGGAAGAGAAGAGAAGCGCACAGUAGACAAACGAAACCAUCUUCUUGUUAGUUCUUUUCACAAUGCGCUAAAAUUCGCUCCAUUCUCAUCUCAACCCCAAACCAAAACCUCUCUUCGUAUAUCUCACUUACACUCUUCUCUUCUCUUCUUUCUCUCUAUAUAUCCAUGCAAAGCAACGAUUCCCUUCUAUAAUCGGUUCACUCCAGGGGCAGGAUGGAUUUUCCUUUGGGCAGUGAGGAUCCAGCUAUACUUCAAUUGCACAAUUGGGACCCUUCUGAGACCCGAAUUGGGCUGUCGGACUUCCGUGAAGCUUUUAUUUCUCCUACAAGAGAGAUACUGCUUUUACACUCACAUGGAAGGGAAGCUCUUUUACUUCCUUUGGGUAAAGGAGAGUUCCAUUCUGGUGGUGCUGAAGGGAAUGAUGAUGGUUACGAUAAACACAAUCUAGAGUCAUCUAAUGUUUCCUUGGAGGCAUCCUCUAGGCCUAGUUGUUCAAUUUUGGUAAAUGAAUCACCUUGCACUUCAGGGUCGGAUGUUGAUACCGAUGUUACUGGAACUAAGUGUUCAAGGUUCAACAGUCACCCAUACAUUAGUGACGUGAACUCAUUGACAUGGGCACGAUGUGAGGAUGGCUAUGAUCAGCACAAUGAUGCUUCAUUUAGAGAAGUUCUAUUUGUUUCUGGACGAUGUGGGGUAACAGUCCAUGCUUUUCCCAAACUAACUAAAACCAAUGGAAUAGAUCAAGCCAUGUUAGAGGGUAACUUUAGGCAAGGCAGGUGGGUGGAAUGGGGGCCCGUUGCUACAUUAUCUUCCAACAUUAGUCAUGGAGUCUCUGUAGGCGAGAAUGUAAAUUUCACUGGUGGAGAUGGCGGAGUCGAACCAUUAAGUGGCUCUGCUACUAAGAGAUACUUGGAGUCAUUUUACACAAAAGUUGAAACUGUUGUAUCUGAUGGUAUUCUACGGACCAAAUUCCCCGAGAAUAAUGGAUUUCCUUGCUCGACAAAAGUUGUUUCUUUUAGCGUAUUUGAUGGCAGCCUAUCUUUGGACCAUCUCGUUGGAGAAAAAUCAGUUCAAAGCAAGGAGAAUGGACAGGAACCAGUUGAUUCAGAUAUUAAGUUUGAUAUUUUUUCCACUGUAUUUGGUAUUGUGGUUAAUGGGUUCUAUGAAUGCCCUAAAGUGUUCUCGAGUGCUUCAUAUUGCUUGGUAGGAUUUUAUUUUACAUUAAUCCCUCACGUUUCUGUCAAUAGUAGUGAUGCAAAUCAAAUGUGCAGGAGCAGAAAUUUACUUCUUGUUGCCAAAUUAGAUAGUUGGGGUAUUCAGUGGGUUUCAAUGGUGAAGCUUGACGAAAGAACAAACAUUGCUCAAGCAGUUGAGUGGAUGGAUUUCCAAUUUUCUGAUAACCUUCUUGUUUGUCUUGAUUCUUCUGGAUUGAUUGUUCUCUAUUCUGCAAUGUCUGGUGAAUAUGUGACAAACUUAAAUGUUUCACAGGCAUCUGGACUUAACCCUCAUUUUGAUUUGCAAGGAUUAGAAAAUUUAUAUUCAAAUAGUGAUACAUAUGCUAAACAGGAGUGUGGCAUUGGGGAUAACAUGUCUGAUCAGAAGAGUGAUUCUUUUAGGAGAUCAUUCAAGAGGUUAGUUGUAGCUUCACAUACCUCCCUUUUAGCUUUGGUUGAUGAAUAUGGUGUGAUCUAUGUGAUAUCUUUGGGGGAAUAUAUUUUUGACAAAAAGUACUCAUCUGAAAAGUUGCUUCCACAUUGUCAGCAAUUUGGGUUGGGAAUGUUAGUUGGCUGGGGAGUUGGUGGUUCUGAUCUUGAUCGCCAAGCAGUACACUCAAGUGAUUUGAACAUAAAAUAUGGAAGUGCUGCUUCCUCAGACAAAGCUGUGGCAGGUAAUGCACUUCAGAAUAUUAAUGGUUGUGCAUUAAAAGAAAAGUGGGAUUUGCAUAGCUUCCAUUCAGGCGUUUUUUCUGCUACUUCUAAAGUAAAUAAUGGUCACAAAUUUCGUGGCUCUGAUGUCAAAUCAUCUGUUAUGAGAAAGAUACUCAUUCCCAAUUUUAGAGUAUGUGAGGAUGAUUCUAUUUGUUUUUCUCCUUUGGGAAUUACUAUUUUUUCUAAAAAGAAGUGUGUAAAGGAUCAGAAUGGUUCUCAACUUUCCCAUUUUAAUCUGCAAGUGAAUUUAGAAGUCCACGAUGACAACUUCUUAGACAGUGUAUAUGAUGAUGUAUACCACUUUGAUGGAAAAGAUGUCACGGGAGAAGCAAUUGGUUGUGCAUUCCAAGGUUGUUUUUAUAUUGUGAGAGAAGGUGGUCUAUCUGUAUAUAUUCCCUCCAUUUCAAUUUCACCAAAUUUUUUUCCUGUUGAGUACAUUGGUUAUCGCCAAUCAAGUAAGGAUAUAGGGAUUUCAGUUCUACUAAAUGACAAUCUAGAAAUAAAAGAACCAACAAAAAGGUUUUCUCCUUGGAAAGUUGAAGUUUUGGACAGAGUUCUUCUGUAUGAAGGCACUGAAGUGGCAGAGCAGCUGUGCUUGAAAAAUGGAUGGGACAUCAAAGUAUCUCGUAUUCGUCAGUUACAGAUAGCAUUGGACCACUUGAAAUUUUAUGAAAUAGAAAGAUCUUUGGAAAUGCUUGUGGAUGUUGAUCUAGCAGAAGAGGGGAUUUUGAGAUUGCUUUUUGCUGCAGUGUGUCUUAUGCUUAAUAAAAGCGGUAAUGAUAGUGAAACUUCUGCUGCUUCAAGGCUUCUUGCACUGGCCACUUGCUUUGCAACAAAGAUGCUUCAUAAAUAUGGGAUGCUACAACAUAAAAAGGAUACAUGCAUAGCAGACAGCUGUAAUAACACCAAACUACUUCCUCUUCCACCAAUUGAACCAGUUAAACUACAAACUGAAGUGGAUUUUACUCGAAAACUUUGUGAGAUAUCUCAUUUCUUGGAGAUAAUCCGAAAUCUGCAAUGUAGACAUAGAUCAAUAUUUCAAAGGGCCAGUCAAGGACUGGCUGACAGUGGAAAAGAGUCAUCUUUAACAAAUACACACAUGUUACAAGAAGAUCCCGAACUUCCAAUUCUUCCAUCAGAUUUAGAGUCAUUGGAUGUGUUGAACCAACAUGAAUUGUCUGUACCAGGCAGUGACAAAAAUGAAAAUCUUGCACUGGUGCCCGUUGAUUCUGAUUCUCGUCUGGUCUCAGAUGAAUUUGGCAACAUAUCUCAUUUAACCUCAUCAGGAGGAAUUUUACACAGGAAAGUGUUGCCUGUGGAAAAUCCUAGAGAGAUGAUGGCACGCUGGAAGGUCGAUAACCUGGACCUUAAAACUGUGGUUAAAGAUGCUUUGCUCUCUGGUCGUCUUCCUUUGGCAGUUCUGCAACUGCAUCUUUUUCAUCAAUUGAAUGAUUUCGUUGCUGACGAAGAGCCUCAUGACACAUUUACUGAAAUUCGUGACAUUGGCAGAGCGGUUGCUUAUGAAUUAUUUCUAAAGGGUGAAACUGAACUUGCUGUUGCUACACUUCAAAGACUGGGAGAGAACAUUGAAUCUUGUCUUAAACAACUGCUGUUUGGCACGGUAAGAAGAUCCCUGCGCACACAGAUUGCUGAGGAAAUGAAAAGAUAUGGUUAUCUAGGACCAUAUGAGUGGAAAAUAUUGGAUGAUAUGUCACUAAUUGAGACUCUCUAUCCUAGCAGUAGCUUCUGGAAAACAUAUAAUCACCGACUGAAAGAUAUCAGCAAUUCAUUAGGCUCUGUUUUACCGGUGGAAAAUCAAUUGAGGCUCUUGCAUAACCAUUCAUUUGAUAGUCACGUCAUUGAAUGUGGUGAGAUAGAUGGAAUUGUGUUCGACACAUGGAUUAAUAUUAGUGAAAGCUCAUCUGCCAUGGAAGUUGACGAAGAUGAUGCUCCUGCUGGAUAUUGGGCUUCUGCCGCUGUCUGGUUUGAUGCCUGGGAUCAAAGAACUAUUGAUCGUAUGAUAUUGGAUCAACCUUAUCAUUCAAGCAAUUCUAUAUUGUGGGAUUCACAACUUGAAUACCAUGUUUGCCGUAACAACUGGAAGGAAGUCUUUAGACUGUUGAACCUGAUACCUCCAUAUGUCCUAUCAGUUGGAAGCCUUCAACUCAAUUUGGAUGUUUUACAGCCUGCGUCAUCUUAUGGAGGCAAUAUAAAUAUGAAGUCUUCUAAUUAUGGAAGUUUCUUGUGCUCUUUUGAAGAAUUGGAUUCUGUAUGCUUGGAAGUUCCAGAUGUACAAAUAUUUAGGUUUUCACCAGACAUAUGUUCUGAGUGGAUGAGGAUGCUUAUGGAGGAAAACCUUGCAAAAAAAUUUAUAUUUGUGAAAGAAUAUUGGGAAGGGACAUCGGAGAUAAUAGCUCUCUUGGCUCGUUCAGGUUUCAUAUCUGGCAUAGAUAAGUUAUGCGUAGAGGAUGAUCCUACCGAGACUUCAUCUGUUAGAAAUGGAUCUAUACAAGCUUUGCAUAAAAUAUUUGUACAUCACUGUUCACAAUAUAACUUGCCAAAUCUUUUGGACCUUUACCUUGACCAGCACAAUCUGGUCUUCGACAACGAUUCACUUUAUGCUUUACAAGAAUCUACAGUUGAUUGUGAAUGGGCAAGAUGGCUACUCUUAUCGAGAGUCAGGGGGUGUGAAUAUGAAGCCUCUCUUGCCAAUUCUCGAUCAAUAAUGUCACGUAAUUUAGUUCCUAGAAGUGACCUCAGUGUUCUUGAGCUAGAUGAAAUAAUUCGAACUGUCGAUGACAUUGCUGAAGGAGGGGGAGAAAUGGCAGCCUUGGCAACCCUAAUGCAUGCUGCUGUCCCAAUUCAAAACUGCUUAAAUAGUGGUGGUGUAAAUCGGCAUAGCAAUUCCUCUGCCCAAUGCACAUUGGAGAACCUCAGGCCGACUCUGCAAAAGUUUCCCACAUUGUGGCGCACACUUGUUGGGGCAUGUCUUGGACAAGAUACAAUGGCCUUGCUGGUCCCUAAAGCAAGAAGCGCUUUAUCAGACUAUCUUAAUUGGCGUGAUGAGAUCUUCUUCUCUACUGGACGUGAUACUUCGCUUUUGCAGAUGCUUCCUUGCUGGUUUCCUAAGCCUAUUCGAAGAUUAAUACAGCUUUAUGUCCAGGGUCCUCUUGGAUGCCAAUCAUUUUCAGAGUUCCCUACUGGGGAAACUUUGCUACACAGAGACAUCGACUUAUUCAUAAAUGCUGAUGUACAUGCUGAGAUAAGUGCAAUGUCUUGGGAGGCCACUAUCCAAAGACACAUUGAAGAACUAUAUGGUCCUUUACUUGAGGAAAAUGGAUUUGGCCUUGAGCAUCUUUUGCAUCGUGGACGAGCACUGGCAGCUUUUAACCAAAUUCUUGGCCACAGAGUUCAAAAUCUGAAGUCAGAAGGGGAAUCUAGUACUUCAGCUCAUGGACAAACCAACAUUCAAUCAGAUGUUCAGACUCUUCUUUCUCCACUAGAACAAAGUGAAGAGACUCUACUUUCAUGUGUUUUGCCAACUGCUAUUAUGCAUUUUGACGAUUCCAUGCUUGUUGCUUCAUGUGCUUUUCUUUUGGAGUUAUGUGGUCUAUCUGCCAACAAACUGCACGUUGAUAUUGCUGUGCUGAAACGGAUAUCUUCAUUUUAUAAAUCAAUUGAAAAUAAUGAAAAUCUCAGGCAAUUAUCGCCUAAGGGUUCUGUGUUUCAUGCAAUGUCCCAUGAAGGUGAUGUUACAGAGUCUCUUGCUCGAGCUUUAGCUGAGGAAUACUUGCACAAGGAUUCUCCUGUAAUUGCUACUGAGACAGGAGCUGUUGGUAAACAGCCUUCACGAGCUCUUAUUCUUGUCUUGCACCAUCUGGAAAAGGCUAGCCUUCCUCGGUUGGUUGAUGGAAAAAGUUAUGGUUCAUGGCUAUUAAGUGGAAAUGGUGAUGGAAAUGAGUUAAGAUCUCAACAAAAGACUGCUAGUCAGCACUGGACUUUGGUAACAAAUUUUUGUAAAUUGCACCAGCUUCCAUUAAGUACCAAGUACCUUACUGUAUUAGCCAGAGACAAUGAUUGGAUUGAAUUUUUGUCUGAAGCACAGAUAGGAGGAUAUUCAUUUGAUACAGUAGUCCAAGUGGCAUCAAAGGAGUUUAGUGAUCCACGUCUCCGACUUCAUAUGUUAACAGUUUUGAGGGGAAUGCAGUCAAAGAAAAAGGCAAGCUCUGCAUUGUUCUUAGAUACACUGGGGAAAGACGGUGAAACAACCUUCCCUUAUGAAAACAUGUGUGUUCCAGUUGAACUCUUCCAAAUAUUAGCAGAAUGUGAAAAGCACAAAUGUCCUGGAGAGGCUCUCUUGAGGAAAGCAAAAGAGUUGUCCUGGUCAAUAUUGGCUAUGGUUGCUUCAUGUUUCCUUGAUGUCUCUUCAUUGUCAUGCCUGACAGUUUGGUUGGAAAUUACUGCAGCAAGGGAAACUUCAUCCAUUAAGGUGAAUGAUAUUGCUUCCCAGAUCGCAGAUAAUGUUGGAGCAGCUGUAAAUGCUACUAAUGCCGUACCUGUUGGUAACAGAGUACUUACAUUUCAUUACAACAGGCAGAGUCCUAAACGACGACGGCUGAUAACUCCUGUUUCACUUGACUCCUCUGCUUCUGCAAUAUCUGAUAUCUCUCGUACUUCUAGAAGUGAAAAAAUAUUUGAUUCCCAAGGUAAAGCUGUGGAGAAUGAUAGAAAAGUAGAACAUUUUGGAUGCGUUAAUGUUCCAAGUGAUUCCGUUGAAGGACCUGCUUCCCUUUCAAAGAUGGUUUCAGUCCUUUGUGAACAACAAUUGUUUUUGCCUUUGCUCAGGGCAUUUGAGAUGUUCCUUCCAUCAUGCCCCUUGCUACCAUUUAUCCGAGCUCUUCAAGCAUUUUCACAAAUGCGCCUCUCAGAAGCUUCUGCCCAUUUGGGUUCUUUUUCAGCACGAAUUAAGGAGGAACCAAUGUACUUACAGCCAAAUGUAGGAAGAGAGGCGCAGAUUGGGGCAUCAUGGAUUAGUUCUACUGCUUCAACAGCUGCUGAUGCUGUGCUUUCAACCUGUCCAUCUCCUUAUGAAAAAAGAUGCCUACUGCAACUUCUUGCUGCAACUGAUUUUGGUGAUGGUGGACAUACUGCAGCAUACUAUCGAAGGGUUUAUUGGAAAAUUAAUUUGGCAGAGCCUUUACUUCGUAAAGAUAAUGAGUUGCAUUUGGGUGAUGAAGAAAUUUUAGAUGAUGCUUCGCUCUUAUCUGCACUAGAGAAUAAUAGUCACUGGGAGCAGGCAAGGAACUGGGCCAAGCAGUUGGAGGCCAAUGGUGCACCCUGGAAAUCUGCUACGCAUCAUGUUACUGAAUCUCAGGCUGAAUCUAUGGUAGCUGAAUGGAAGGAGUUUCUUUGGGAUGUGCCAGAAGAGAGGGUUGCAUUAUGGAACCACUGCCACACACUCUUCAUCAGAUACUCCUUCCCUUCUCGACAAGCUGGUUUAUUUUUUCUUAAACAUGCUGAAGCAGUUGAGAAAGAUCUCCCUGCAAGGGAACUUCAUGAACUUUUGUUACUAUCGCUGCAAUGGCUGAGUGGGAUGAUAAGUCUUUCCAAUCCUGUCUGUCCAUUGCAACUUCUGCGUGAAAUUGAAACCAAAGUAUGGCUCUUAGCUGUUGAGUCUGAAGCUCAGGUGAAGAGUGAAGGUGAUUUCAAUUUUACCUUUUCUACCAGGGAGAGUGGUAUCAAGAAUGACUCUAGUAUUAUUGACCGAACUGCAAGCAUAAUAGCAAAGAUGGACAACCAUAUAAAUACAAUGAAGAGUAGAACGGUAGAAAAAUAUGAGUCCAGGGAAAAUCAAAUCCCUCACAAGAAUUUUGUGAUAGAUGCUGGUCUUUCAACUACUGUUGGUGGGAAUACAAAGACAAAAAGACGGGCCAAAGGAUACAUGCCACCAAGGCGCCCACCUCUUGAGUCAGCUGAUAAAAGUGCUGAUACUGAUGAUGUCUCUAGUACUAUUCAUUUAAAAAAUGAGUUGCAGUUGCAAGAUGAUAACAUUAAAGUUGAAAUGUCCUUUUCUAGAUGGGAGGAAAGGGUUGGAACAGCAGAGCUGGAAAGGGCUGUACUUUCGUUAUUAGAAUUUGGGCAAAUUGCUGCCGCCAAGCAACUGCAAUACAAAUUCUCUCCUGGACAAAUACCAUCUGAGUUUAGACUUGUUGAUGCAGCCUUGAAGCUUGCUGCUAAUUCCACUCCUCCUAGCAAUGUAUCAGUGUCAAUGCUUGAUGAGGAAGUGCGUUCAGUUAUGCAGUCAUAUGGUAUACUAAAUAAACAGCACUAUAUUGACCCACUGCAGGUUUUGGAGAGUUUGGUGACCAUUUUUACCGAAGGGAGUGGUCGUGGGCUAUGUAAGAGAAUAAUAGCAGUUAUAAAAGCUGCAAACACCUUGGGCCUCUCAUUUUCUGAGGCAUUCAACAAACAACCAAUUGAACUGCUACAUCUCCUUUCUCUUAAAGCACAGGAUUCCUUUGAGGAGGCCAACUUUUUGGUGCAGACUCAUCCAAUGCCAGCAGCAAGCAUUGCUCAAAUACUCGCAGAAUCUUUUCUAAAGGGUGUGUUGGCUGCACAUCGUGGAGGGUAUAUGGAUUCACAGAAGGAGGAAGGGCCUGCUCCUUUGCUUUGGAGAUUUUCAGACUUCUUGAAGUGGGCAGAGCUUUGUCCCUCUGAACCAGAAAUUGGGCAUUCUUUAAUGCGUUUGGUGAUUACUGGGCAAGAAAUACCACAUGCGUGUGAGGUUGAGCUUCUCAUUUUAUCUCACCACUUUUACAAAUCAUCUUCUUGCCUUGAUGGAGUUGAUGUUCUUGUGGCCCUUGCUGCAACUAGGGUUGAUGCUUAUGUCUUGGAGGGUGAUUUUCCAUGUUUGGCGCGCCUGAUAACUGGAGUUGGAAAUUUUUAUGCUCUGAAUUUCAUUCUGGGCAUUCUUAUAGAAAACGGUCAAUUGGAUCUACUUCUUCAGAAGUACUCUGCUGCUGCAGACACAAAUACUGGAACUGCUGAGGCUGUCAGGGGAUUUCGAAUGGCUGUUCUUACAUCCUUGAAGCAUUUCAACCCUAAUGACUUUGAUGCAUUUGCCAUGGUCUACAAUCAUUUUGAUAUGAAGCACGAGACUGCAGCUCUUUUAGAGUCACGUGCAGAGCAAUCAUGUGAGCAGUGGUUUCACCGCUACCACAAGGACCAUAAUGAAGACUUACUGGAUUCCAUGCGCUACUACAUUGAAGCUGCUGAAGUUCACUCUUCUAUCGAUGCUGGCAACAAAACACGUAGAGAUUGUGCUCAGGCUUCUCUUCUGUCCCUUCAAAUACGAAUGCCAGAUUUCCAAUGGCUUUAUAGAUCAGAAACCAAUGCUAGACGAGCGUUAGUUGAGCAAUCUCGAUUUCAAGAAGCCCUGAUUGUAGCCGAAGCUUAUAACCUGAACCAGCCAAGUGAAUGGGCUUUAGUACUCUGGAACCAGAUGCUUAAACCUGAAGUAAUGGAGGAGUUUGUAGCUGAAUUUGUUGCAGUUUUACCUCUUCAGCCUUCGAUGCUGAUUGAUUUAGCUAGAUUCUAUAGAGCUGAAGUUGCGGCCAGAGGGGACCAAUCCCAUUUCUCUGUCUGGCUCACAGGGGGUGGAUUGCCAGCUGAAUGGGCUAAAUAUUUAGGAAGAUCAUUCAGAUGCUUAUUGAAGCGAACAAGGGAUUUGAAAUUGCGGAUGCAGUUGGCUACAGUGGCAACUGGAUUUGGGGAUAUCAAUGAUGCAUGCGCAGAAGAAAUGGAUAAGGUCCCUGACAACGCAGCGCCACUAGUGCUCAGGAAGGGUCAUGGAGGAGCUUACCUCCCUUUAAUGUGAAACUUUCUACUUUAGGUCAUCAAAAUGAUAGGAAGUUGGUUCUUGACCUUCAACAUUAAAGAUGGGGGGAGCAGAGACCUCAAGUGUUGAUCAAAUCAAAUCGGAUGGAUAGUUUAUAAAGUUCCAUGCCAUGUAUAUUUUUUGGUUGAGCAAAUAUUUGAUGGUUGUAUAUUAUGCCAACUGUAUCUAUAGCUCAUUCUUGUAAAACACUAUUCUAGUUUUUGUUUUCUCCAUUUUUUUGCAGGGAGGAGAGAGUAGUUUCUUGUUGUUUUUGAGGCUAGUAGAAUAGAAUGUUCCAUUGUUUCUUUUUUGCCUCCAAAAUGUAUAGCUCCUGUACAUCAAAUAUAAAAUUCCAUUGAUAAUGUUUUACAGGCUCCAAAA